AUGCCGCCGAAACGCACCGCAUCUGCAAGCUCGCAUGCCGCAUCCAAAAGGCCGCGCCCGAAUGCAGAUGCAGAAGCUCCGUUCAGCGGAGAAGAUGAUGAAGAUGAGGACGAGGAGGACGAGGAAGAUGAAGAUGAAGAUGAAGAUGAAGAUGAGGGAAAUGGCAACAGCAACCCUUCUCGAAGACGAUGUGACGGCGGCAGAACGUGUAUCUGCAACAAGCCAGUGGAAGAGCAUCCGGACCAUCCCUGGAAGAUCACAUUUGCUGCAAAACGCAAGUUCUUUAACCAACGUUCCCAUUGUAGCCUACGUGAUCCCGAUUGCUUUGGAAUGCACACGUACAAUGAUCACGCUGGAUUUGGGGUUCUAGAGGCCAUCGAAAACCUCAUCCUUGACUUCGAAGAGGCAAAGGAUAAUGUAGACGAAAAAUGGGUCAUUUGUGAAACACUGGGAUAUUUCAUUCACACAGAUCAUACGGCCACAAUGUUUGGGAUUAACGACGGCGAAAGGGUUAGAGAAUUGUGUUUGAUGCUUGUGCGCCUAUUCAUGACAACGCUUGCUCUAUUGGAGCGCGAUAACCUCCUUGGACCGGAUAGCAGGAUCAAGAAUCUCGGCACCAUUAUGGCGCUAUGGAUGUUCGCCAAGACGGUAUUCAACGACCAGGGCUGCGUGGAGGCGCACAAUGAGGAACCCGAGGAGUCAUUGGGCCCAAAGAAAGACAAGAAGAAAUGGAUGAAUUCCUCGUUCGAUAGCCUGAUUUUUGUAUAUGCAAAGAAAUAUAACAUCACACUUUCGGGACCCAGAAUAAUCGAUAGUCUUAUCGAAGAUUGCGAACAAGAUAUGGCAACAGAAGACGUUGAUCUUCCACUUCCGGAGUCCAACAAUCUGCCGAAAUCCGAUCCUUUUAACUUUGUAUCGGGUUUGAAAAAAUACAAAUCUGAUUGCAGCCCCCGAAAGAUUGGUGGGGACAAAUUAGAUAUCACCACAUUCAAGAGCACCGAACGAAAGGGUGCUGCUUUUGAUGGGAGGGAUCCGUUGGGAAGGAGUGAGAUCACCAGUUUGAAGGAAGGUCUGGUGCUUAUGGUAGGGUGA